AUGGCGCAAACAACAACAUCAGAAGGAACGACUACAACUAAAUUGGACUUAUCUGAUCCACCAGCCUACUUGAAUGGAUCAAUUGCUAAAGAAAAAUCUACCAUUUAUCAUUCAGAAGAAAAACAAUCAUUUUUAGGACAAGAUGAUGCACUUAAUGCUGCAAAAUCUUAUAAAAUGGUGAUUGCAAAUCAAUGUUGGUCAAGCAAUUACAAAGUAUUUGUUAGCCAGGACUCUUUUGAAAAGUUCAAAACAUUUAAAAAAACUAAAAAAGAGAAGAAAAGCAAUGAAAUUACAAUCCCUCUACAAUCAGAAGGUGUUGGCAUUCCGUUGUUUAAAGUUAAAGCACAUUGCUGGUUUGGGUUCCUCACCUUUUACAAGUGUGUACCCAGUGUUGACAAAAGCGCAUUCGAUAUUGCCAAAGAUAAAUUUGAAUUCUGUAAGGUGAAAAAACAUACUCAUGUGGGGUAUGAUAGCUUUGUUUUUGAAUUUACGCCUGAUCCGGAAAAUCGUAGUUCUGAUUUUACUUUAACAUUGUUUAGUAGUGGAGUGUUUCCAAUCAAUGACUAUGAAUAUAAUGGUAAACGUUAUAGGUGGGUUGACGAAAGUCGUUGUGGUGGGGUCACAAAGCAAGUUGCACGUAAAUUUGCAUUUACUCACACUGUGUUGCAGUCUAAUCAGCCGUCGAUGCUCGAUAAUUGGGAUGGUAAAAAUCAUUCAUUAGACAAGCAAAAAGGUAACCCAUUAUUGGAUGGUUUAUUGAAAAAGAGGUUCAAGUGGGGUACAAAGAAAAUUAAGGAAGAAUACUAUGGUGAAAAUGAUAAUACUCAAUUGAGUGAAACUGUAGCCACUUGUCUCAAGCUGGGAUAUGCAAUGUUGCAAACUGAAUCAUUGCAUAACAACAAUGCAUGUGAAGUGAAUCAAGAGAGUAUUUUGUCUGUCAAUUUAGACGUUUUGGUAUUGGUCUGUGUUGCAACGGUUUUAAAGCGUAAAAAGGAUAUUGUGGAACAAGCAAACAUUGCUGCUGCUGCUGCGGCUGCUUCUUAA